AUGGUUUUGUUUGAUCAAAUGUGGGAUGAGGUUGUGGCUGGACCACAACCUAACCGUGGGCUAGGCCCCACCUUCUCAACCCGAGAAGAGGCAAGUAGCAGUAACCAAGGGUCUAUGUCGAUGCCAUCGAGCCCAACGACACCAGGGACUCCAACGAAUACAUCACCAACAUCGGCACAUGCUAAAGAUAACGUCUGGAGGAGCGUUUUCAACCCCGGAAGUAAUAGUGCUACCAAGGGUAUUGGAUCUAAAAGAUUCGACAAUACUAAACCUGGAUCUCCCACUGUCUAUGAUUGGAUGUACAGUGGUGAUUCAAGGAGCAAGUAUCGUUAAGCAGGUAACGUGAUGGAAGCAUGUAAAUAACGUCGUUAAUUUCUGGUUUGAAGACCACCACAUGUUCAUAAUGGUUCAAGUUAAUUAGUCUUGUUAUGAUAAAAUUGCUACGUUAUUUAUUUAUUUAUUGUUUCAAGGUUAUAUAUUGUCAUAUAUAUAUAU